GAGAGGGGGAGGUGAAGACAGCCGGGCAAGCUGCAUCUCUGCCAGGCUGCUUCCCAUUCUCCUUGUUUUUUCUGAGCCAGAGCAGUUCGGCACACCCGCUCCGGGUGCCUCCGAGCCCAUCUCGCAACGCCCAGGAUAGUGGGGUGUGAGGUUGGUGGCCAGACACCUGGCCCUCCCUUAGCUCUGCUGGCACAGUCCCAGGACAGGACAUGUCAAGCUGCAACACCCCUGGGGGCCCCACUGCCCUGGACUUUCCGGAAGUCCUGAAGUCCCUACUGGAGUAUUCCUUGCCCUGGACCAACAAGAUGACAGAUAAAGAGAAGGAGAAAAUAAAGCUUGAAGAAGAUGAGGCAGCAGCUGCCAGCACUAUGGCAGUCUCUGCUUCCCUCAUGCCACCCAUUUGGGACAAAACUAUUCCCUAUGAUGGCGAGUCUUUCCACCUGGAGUACAUGGAUCUAGAUGAGUUCCUGCUGGAGAAUGGAAUUCCUUCCAGCCCUACUCACCUGGAUUUGAACCAGAAUCCACUCUUGCCUGUGGCUGAGCUGGAAGGGAAGGAAUCUGCCAGUGCUUCCACUGGUUCUCCUGCAUCAUCCUCUUCCACUGCAGUGUACCAGCAAUCUGAAGCAGCCUCCAGCACAGAAUCCCCACCACAAAAUGAGAGAAAUACACCCAGCCCCAUUGAUCCUGACUGCGUAGAAGUUGAGGUGAAUUUCAACCCUGACCCUGCUGAUUUAGUGCUGUCCAGUGUGCCUGGUGGUGAGCUCUUCAAUCCUCGCAAACACAAGUUUACUGAAGAGGACCUGAAACCACAACCUAUGAUUAAAAAAGCCAAGAAGGUUUUUGUCCCAGAUGAGCAAAAGGAUGAAAAAUACUGGACAAGGCGAAAGAAGAACAAUGUGGCAGCAAAGCGUUCCCGUGACGCCCGGCGAUUAAAGGAGAAUCAGAUCACAAUUCGGGCAGCCUUUCUUGAGAAAGAAAACACAGCCCUGAGGACGGAGGUGGCAGAGCUGCGCAAGGAAGUGGGACGAUGCAAGAACAUUGUUUCUAAAUACGAGACCAGAUACGGACCCUUGUAAGCACACCCUUUUCCUUGUUAGGGCUUUUGUUUUAGCCUCUUAGACUUCUCAGCCUUCUGUAGAGACUCCCAGAAAUAAAGUUUAUGGAGGCUUUGCCAUUUUGCAUCUACACUAAAAAGAAAUCAACAAAACACAAACAUACCCUGUUUCUGUUGGCACAACUCGUUCAGGCCCUUUCCUGAUCAUUCUGUUGUCCAUAAUCUUGGUGUCCAUAUUUAGAACCUUGUUUUCAACACCAAUAGAACAUUUUCUGAUGUCAUACAGUUGAACAGAUUCACCUGUCUGGAGGAAUAAAUGUGGAUCCCUCCAGACUGGAGAGAGCUUUUGCUAUCUGUUCUAACCUUCAUUUUUAAGUGGAGAAAGAGCCUAGGAGAUUCUCCUCUCCUCUCUCUCUCUCUUUUUUUUUCCUUUAUGUUUAAUUUUCAAACUCUUGCUCUUUUCUCCUCUCCAUUCCACCUCCCCCUCCCAGUAAAAGUGUAAAACAUAAUUUUAGAAUAUAAGUAGAUGUUGCUGGGCAGCAUCAUGAAAUUGUUUCCUCUCCCAUUCAGAGGCACUAGAAAGUAUCUGUUGUAUAGAUCUCUGUUCCUGCUGAAGAGGAAUAGGAGAACCUUUAGGACAGGAAGACAGGAAAACAUUCAAUCUCUUGUAAAAACAGAAGUAUUGCAAGGUUAAUCUAUGAAUGUUAUACAGAAUGGAGUCAGUGCAGUUUAGAUUACAAUACUGUCUAAAUGUCUUGAUAGGUUCUAAUCCUGGAUAACUUGCAGAAACCAAGGAGAGAGAAUAGUGAAUCACUCGCUUUAUAUAUGUGGACAAAGUAAUUUGAUGUGGGUUCUAGACUGUGUUUCUACCACCACCCCUCCUUUUUUUCCUUAGGGGAUCUUCCCUCUUGAACUGCUGAUAAAGCAGCAUGUUGCACUUAACUGAGAAGGGAGAUUUAGAAAAAGAGGUCUGGCUGAUUAGGCUGAACCUCGAGUCCCAGCUGUUAAAAAAUGGCCAGCACCUUAGGCUUUGAAAGAAGGGGCUUUUUUAAAGAAGUAAACAAGCCACUGUUAUUUUACUGCACCUUACCUGUUGUGCAAGAGAUUGAGAAAGAGUUUUGGUCCUUUGCCUCGUGAACACACUAUGGGAUAAGCUACACCCACUAUAAACGCGAACAGUUUACCUCACUGUCUCCUGUGUAGCAGUAUAUCUGGUCUCUCCAUGCUUGCUGGUUCUAUCUCCAGCAUGUUUCCUGAUAGAAAAUUAGCACACAAGACUUGCCCUCUGGGAAGUAAUCCAUUCUCAGCACCAAGCACUGCUUCAACAAUAUAUGGUGUUAAAAGAAAAAAAUACACUGUGUGUGAUGUUGAGACCUUCUACAUGACCUACAACUGCAAGAAGUAGAAGCUUUACCAGAAGUAUAUGUCUAGAAGUCCUCUUAACAAGAGAAGCUGUCUUAAGAGAGUGGCUGUGUCAGAACUCUUAGGCUAUACUUCCUGGGAUAAUAUUUAUAUUAAGGAGUAAAUGUGGGAUGGUGAUGUUGCGGGUAGUUGCAGUUCCUCUAUUAAAAUCUGAAAAUACAUUAGAAAAGCAUUAGGGCUUAUUUUCUAUGCUAAAGACUAGCUUGUCUUUAAACAUAAUGUGGAAAUUAUGAGUUUAGAGCAAUUUUGUGUUGAAUUCUUAAGGAAGUGGAGAAGCAGGCUAAUCCACAAUACCUAAUGUAUGCUUUGAACUAUUCCCCCCCCCCCCACUGUUACGCUCUUAAUUUGACUAGAGUGGCUCUUGAUGCAGUGUUGGUCUAAUUUCUUUGAAACAUACUAAAAAUUGUCACCCUUUCAGCAGGGGUUUUUUCUUUCACAGGGUGGUUUGUGGUGGUGAUGGUGGGAAGUAUGUUAUAAAUAAAUUGUCACACUAAACACUUUGCUUUGUUUAAAGUGACUUAUCUGAUUCCGAGUGAUGCAACUUUAAAGACUUUUAAAAACAAAGAAACUAAAAAGCACACAUGAAUCGCCAGUCUUCAGAGUGAGCAGUGAAAUCUGUGAGGUGUCCCAACACAAACAACUGAUGAUGACCCUGCCUGCCUCCUUGCCUGCAAGUACCCCAUCUGACUACCCAGGGCUGGGCAUGAUGAAAAGUGCAAAGUCUCCUUAAUUCUGUAUAUGGCUUUCUUAUCUGUCUUUCUCACUGUAACUAUGAACUACAAUAAGCUUACCUACUGGGGUUUUGUCAAGACACUCAAAGUUCAUGUCUCAAAGUCUGUUGACAGCCUGUGUGAAUGGUGACUCUUCGUUUUGGCACUCAAGUGGAACAAGAGAGGGAGUUUUAAAUGAAAGUGUCAUAUAUAAAGAACUGCUAUAUUUUAAGACUCUUUUCCCUGCAGUAUAAUGAAUUUUAUUUAAUACUGCAGCUCACUUCUGGUACAGUGUAGCGUAUUGUGGAGUACUGUGAGUGCAGAACUAAAGACACCGGGAAGACGGCAGCCCGUAAUGUGUGAGACUUCAGUGCAGAAGAUUACAGCAGAUGUACUGAAAUAAUCCAGAAAGCACCACAGUGUGCCAUACAGAGAGUAAUAAACCUCUAUCAAAUGACCCACUUGAUAAUAAACCACGUCGGUGGCUUUCCUGCUCCACAGCUACACUGCUGUAACCUGCCUUUUCCUUUAGUUCAUUUAUGAGGCUCACUUUCUUUUAUGGUAUCUUGCUGAAAAAGGAUCUAUUCUUCUGCUAACGACUUAGCAGUCAUGGAAAAGGUGCUAUUCUGAGCUGCUGAUCUCCAAGUCUUUUGGCAGUCUGAAACUACCGAAUGAGUAUUAGCUCCAGGAAAACAAUGGCUGUUAGUUGCCAUAUUACCAUUUUCUGUCUCUUGACUGCAGGACAACUGUGGUGCUGAAGGUGGAACAGCCAAUGAUAUCCCACAGUUACAAUGGGCAGCUUAAGAGUGAGGACCCUUGUGCUCAUGUGGGAGGGUAGAUGAAAGCUUGGAUGGAUUGCAGAGAUGUUUAUUGUGUUUAGAAGAUGGAGGAAGUAGGUGGAAGUUCCGUUGUAAGAAUUUCAUCAGCAUAACAAGAAUCUGCUCUUAUAUUAAGGGGAGCUUGAGAGCUAAAUCUGUGUGGGAAGAGCAAGAGUAGUUACUUUCUAGGAAAGGAGUACAGGGCCAUGCUUGUAGCCAAAAUUGAGCUUGUAAGACAGGAGUGUGUUCAUGCCUGGAGAUUAAUGAAUAGCAUACACCUCAAAAAAAAACCAACCUUGAAAGCUUUCUGAAGCACAAGUGCCAAAAUUAUAAGGCAUGACUAGUUACCAGCAUAGCUCAGUGCUAUAAUAUUGAACAAUUAUUUUGACUUUGUGUUUACCCAAGAGAUUCUACCCCUAAUUUCAGAGCAGAAAUACAAAGAGAAAAAUAUGAGAAGCAGCAGCUAAUAUUGUAAGCUUAAUUAAAAAAAAAUCAAAAGCAAGGAUUCAUAACCUGUGUUUGACAGCAUAAGCUUUGUACAGAGCUUAUAUAUUAAAUGUAGUUUUUGACCUAUCAUUUUUAAUGGACAAUGUACUGAAGUAAAGAAAGUGUUUUUAAUUUUUUGCCAGUUACCAAAGUAUACCUAUGAGUGUAUUAUUAUAAAGCUCUGAGAUAAUCUUGGGAUUUUUUUAUCAAAUCGAUAAAUAUCUUAGUUCCAUGUUGCUGAUAUGGCAGCAUAUAUCUCUACCUGUAUUGAGUACUGCUGAUUUGGACUGAUAUUUUUGGUAUGUACUGGUUUUUGCUUUAUUUUGAUGAUAAAAGCCCAAACCAUAGAUUAAGAAAAACAAACCAGCAAGAAAACAAACAACCAUGACAGCAUGUAAAUGUAGCAACUUUUUUCAUUUAUAAUUUCUAAAUUUUCAGUUAGCCCUGGCUGUUCUUAAAUGUCAUGCUUCCUGUUUAAAUCACAAAGCCAAAAGCUAAAUAGCUGGGCAAAGAAGUUGCUUCAUUUGGAUCCUACUGUGCUUAGGAAUAUCUUUUAAAUACUUACAUAUUGUAUACAGGAUUUGGUUUUGCAGUAUGUCAUGACAUUUUAACAGCAAAAUAUUCAGUCAAUGAGAUUAGCAUGUGCAAUUCUAUUGUUUUAUUUCUGUUAUCUUAAAAGCUUACACAGUGGAAACUAACAGUGAAUGUUCAUUAGAUCUUUCUUUCACAGAAGACUGUUAGCAAACAUUUGUGCUUCCCUGUAGGACAAUGCAGAUUUGCACAAUCUGUGAUUUAUAUGUCUACGGGUUGCAAAACUGGAAAAUUGCACUUUAGGGUGAGUGCAGCUCAACUUUUGUAGCUGGAGAAUUUGGUGUUGUUGUUACUAAGAAGCAGUAUCUUUAAAGAUAGAUGAGAGGGUAGUAACUAUUUAAAGGAGUGCAGAUAUAGCCAGACAGAAAAUACUGUGCAAUGCUGAACUCCUUUCUCAGUUUUUGCAGUCUCAGGAAGUUAAGUUUAUUGCUCCAGAGCUCUCUGCUCCUCUCGGAAUGAUUCGCUCUAUCAUUUUGUUUCUUUGACUAGGAUGACAAUCCUAUCUGUAAGUGAUAACUUGGGUAUAUUUUCUUAGUGAUCAUAAGAAGAUAAAUAUUCUUUUAGCUCAAUUUGAAUAUUAAAAUAUGCUGAAUUGACACUAUUAGGGUUUGAAGUUCUCUAGCCUUGGAACAUACUCUGUAGAGGCCAUAAGUUUGCCUGAUGCCAACCUACCCCAUUCCACAAAGGGACCAUCUCCAAGGGGAGAGAAUAAAGGGCAUGUGCACCUUUCAGCAUCACUGCAGGGAUUGCCAGGAAAGAGAGCAGUUCAUGACAACUGUACUUUCAUUAGGAAGAAGAUUGACACCACAUGGCCAUUUCAUAGUACUAACUUUGAAAAUAUGUAAACUGUGGAUGAAAUUUGUGGACAAUGAGUGUUGUUUUACUCUACAGAAGACAGCAGCUAUGAAUAAAUAAUGUGCAAUUUUUAAUACAGUAUUGCUUUCAUACAUGAUGAUCUAAUCUACGUAUAGUGGGUUUGUGUCUAAAAAUUCCAAGAAGCUUAAUCUUUCACCUGUUGCCAAGAUCUGCUCCCACUGAAGCUGGUAACAAAGAUCUCAUUAACUGCCACAGGAAAAGGUCUUUACUCUUAUGUGGUUAUUGUAAAGUUUUAGCAAGUGCUGGAGUCAUGGGUGUCUUUGCUUUCCUCUGAAGCAUUCUGUGCUGGGAUCAGGUGGAUACAUCUCAGAUUGCAGGUGUAGUGUUGCUAAACUGGUCUUGAUAGUUUUGAUAUUCAGAUAAUCUGAACUCUGCUUUUUUUUUUUGGUCCUCCAUGGACAGUGAAAAAGUAGUGUAUUAUAAACUUGUGUUGGAGGAGAAAUGUUUUCGGGUUGUUUGGUUUUUUGCUAAGCGUCUUUUUGCAGUAACAUUUUAUGUCUUUUCUGACAAUUCUCCAUUUCCUUGCUGUGCUGUUUGAAUGCCCAAGGUGUUCUAACUAGAAAUCACUUUCAGCAUUAUCUGCAGGCCUGCUACUAAUUGUACCAAAUCAAUUUUUCAAGUUGGGAGGUGCAGUGGAAGCCCAGCAGCUUUGGGAAUGCUGUAAUAAAACCACUUAUGCAGAUUUUUUUUUUUUUUUGUAGAUAGCAAAAAAUAAUGGACCUGCACAGAGGAGAAUAUUGCUGCUUCAGUAUUGUAAGCCACCUGAGCAUAAAAGGGCUUUGUUCCUUGUGAUCAGGUGCUUUCAUUUCUAGUGAGAGGAAGGUAUCUCAGACCUUUGUAAAAUCCAGAUAGGCUUUUGUUCACCCUUCUAGUUUUAGCUGCUAAGCACAAGAUGAGAAAUGCAAAUUUAUCUUAGUGCAUAAAUCUCAUAUUUUUGGCAACAUACACCUAAAUCCAUAAAGAGCAAAAUCAUUUGUUAGUGCUAGCAUUGUACCUUUGCAGCACUGCCAGACUCAGACUGGCUUUCUAGAUAUUCAGAUAAUUACUCUGGUCUGUAUAUCUGCCACUGUAACAUGGUGAAGAUAUAUAAACUCACAGUUGAAGACUGGGAGAAAGGUAGAAAGAAUAAGCUUAACUAAAUAUCUGUGAGAUGCUAAUUGAGAAAUUACAGUGAUUUAACUCAUCAUCAUGCAAAUUGGCAUACGGAUGUAAUUUGUUAGUUUGAUAGUCUGCUAUCCCUCACGAGUCACUUUUGGAAUGCAAACUUCUUGAAGUUCAGACAUCUACAGGGAGAAAGGAAUCCUUUGAGUAGAUACAUACAUAGAUAUAGAUACUUGGCAAGGAGAGCAAAGAAUGAAAGAGGAAGAGGAGAGUAGUGCAAGAGUCUGACCUGAAUGAAACUGCUAAAACUGACUCACUGUUUACAAUUUUAGGCCAAUUUGGAUCCCCUCAGUUUAGCAUCGUACUGAAGAUAAGUAAUUAUUUAGGUCUUGGGAAUCUCCUUGUCUUGGUCCUACUUCCACAGUCCAGAAAGAAGUGAAACAAAUAUACAGAUAGAGAGAAGAGUUACUGCAGAAAGGCAUGAAAAAAUAGCUGUUGCUUCAACUAAGUGUGCUGUUGUGCUGGGACUUGACCUGCCAAUGUGACGUGGUCAGUGCUGUCUCAUGAGGAAACUACUAUCUGAGGCCCCAAUCUUUUAAGGCCUCAAUUCUGCUGUCAUUUCUGCAUGGGAAGAGCCCUAUAUCUAUAGAGAACCAUGUGGACUUCACAGGAUCUGUUAUUGAAUGUGAAGCUCUGCCCAGGCAGUCAGCUGCAGAAUUGUGUCCUUAACACACUGUCCAGUUGUAGUUAUAGGGCUGUUGAUAUUAAGUGUAAUCUGGGUGCCUGUUAUAUAGCCAAAACCCUUGUUACUUCAUUUUCCUAACUAAGGCAUGAGCAGAAGCCCUUUGCUGUACAACAUCUGUAAAAAACUUUAAAAUGUACUUCACAUACGUCUAGUAAAUUAAGGCAUGUGAUUUUGGUCUGUGGGUCUCAACAAACCUUGCUCGUGUACCUGCCUGAAUGUUUUCCUAGAUCUGCAGCUCCGUUUCAGUGAGAAGGGAUGGUGGGAUUUGGUCUCUCCAGGGGGCACAAUAGCAGCUCUCACCUGUCCCACUGCGGUGACCGCUUGCUACUGGCCAGGAUCAGGGAUGGAUGCAUCCUCUGCACUUUUAUGUGAAGUUGUCUGAAAUAUGGUGAUUAACAUAAUUAUUGGAAUACUGUAUUUUGUAUAACUUAGAACAUGUAAAUACACUUCUAAAACUAAUCUGUUCUAUGAAGUAAUAAAUAAGUGCUUCCAUUGUAAUAUCUGAAUAUUGUUAAUGCUUCAUGUAGCUUGAUUUGGGAUUAUUUCUUUCCUAGAGAACUACAGAAAUCAAAACAAAGAUUGAUGUUGUGGAAUUCUAGUCUAGUUGUGAUGCUUUCUAUCAACAAAAAAUGUUUUAAAAAUAAUAAUGAGCUACUUAAGCAGAGAAACUAAGAUUUUGAGGGAACUGAUUCUCUUCCAGUCUUUCUUUAACAGUAGUCACUGAUUACAUUCAUAAUUCUACUCUUCCCAUCCUGUUAGCUGGACAGUUGAUUUGUUUGUGAGUAGCAUUUGGAAAGCAGCAAUAUUAAAUUAUUUGUAAACUUCAGUGACUGAGGAAAACUAAAGCUGGGUGGUUUUUGUUGGGUGUGUUUUUUUAACUAUUCUCUCUUUUGGCUCAAACAGAUCUGUCUCCACCCUUCAGCCAGACUGCAGCAAGUUGCAGUGCAACAGUGAGUGACUGUUACUGAAGCUCAUUUGUGACUUAGAUAGUCUACAUCUUUAUUAGUUCCAUUAUGUACACAGAUGACACAGGUUUCCUGUUGUGGUGUGCAGAGAGAAAGUGAUUAAUGACUUGUGCUUUUGCUGAGUACAUGUUCACUGGAUGCUGCACAGCUGGACCUUUCAUCAGAUUUCAUGGCCUUUUCUAUCUUGUGUUAAAAAGAAAAAAAGUAGAAAACGGUGGAGUAAGAAUCAUAAGUAGUCUGCUAGGAAAUCUGAACGCUUGGGUUUUGAGGAGGAGGUGAGAUUAAUCCAUCAGCCUUCAUGUAAAGAGAUUAACCUGUGAUGACACUUUCUCCAGCCAUCAUGUAACUUUGUCUUUAAUGCUGUACUGGAGCAGUCUCUUCUCUGGUAACAGCUGUGUCUGCAGUGUUCCAUAAAUGACAAAGCCACAUCUUUUGUAGUGGGCAGAGACAAUGGCAUCUCUUUUUAUUUUCUUCUAUUUUCUUUCCUCCUCUCUGUGUCUCUAGGCUGUAAAAUAGCUAUGAAACAGCUAAGCAAAUGUGCAAGUUAUUCUGAAAACUCUGUUCUUGUUAAGCUUUUUCACACAUACAGUUUUUAACUGAAUAAUUUGAGGGAACUCCUAUCUGCUAUAUUUGGCCUGAAAUUUGUUGCCUCUUGGAUAAAAGUAUUUUUUUGUCUUCAGAUGUGACACUGAUCUGUCCCAUUCAUUCAGUGGGAUGGAUGAUAAAUCUGCACAGUAUUUAUAUAAGAUACAAAUCUGAUCUUAGUUUUACUGUGUGUUAAGUUGUUUAAUCUCUUGGAUGUCUACUCCUUGAGGUUGUCUAUAUAAUUCCUGUAUAUGUAGCUGCUUUCUGAAGCAGUCCAUCAAGAGCAUUUGAGAUCAUCCUGACUGAAAAAUUCCAUAGAAGUGAAAGUGAUAAUAAAGCUUGUGAAGUAGCUGGGUAAAACUGUAUUGCCAUAAAUGGUUUUAUUUAUAUAUGGAUCUUCUGUCCCAAACUGCUUAUUUUGUACAUAAACCUAAACACUCCUGGCAGCUGAUGGGUGAAAAUAAAGGUGCUUAAACAGCAAUCUAAUGAGGAAAGGGCAUUUCACUAUUACAGAGUUGGUAUUAUUUUAUAUUUCCAUUUAUUACACUUUUUUAAAUGUAUAAACCACAGAUUUGAAUUCUCAAAGUCUUCAGCUUGGAUUUUGUGAGUAGUUUAAAUCCUCUCACCUCUCUGCUCGUAACUGGUUUUUAAGAAAAGAAAAGCUUUUGUUUAAAAUGUAAAAUUUUGACUGUAUUAAAUUCUGUUAGUACCCUUCCUUUUUAAGAAAUAAAAUGUAUAUUCCACUA